AUGUUCGCCGUCCCAGGCUGGUCCCUCGAGACCUCUGCUCUCAAGCAGCAGCAGGCCGAAUCUUCCCAGAAGCAAUCUUCGUCCAAGAGCUCGACUGGGGCUAAUAGCACCCCUAUCAUCAGUCGGGACAAGAAGCGCAAGCGCGAAGAUCAUGUCACCAAGGGUAACGUGGAUGAGAUGUACCGUCGGCAUAUUGAGGGCCAGAAACCGACUCCCAAGGGCCAGAAGCAGAAUGCGAACAACAAUGGUGUGAAGGCUGAUAGGAAGUCUAAGAAGGGUGGAGAUGGCCAGGGAAAGCAGAAUCAAGUGACGAAAAAUCAGCCCAAAGACGAGAAGACCGAGGCUACCGGGGAGGAAGGAAAGCCUGCCAACAAGAAGCAGAAGAAGAACAAGAACAAGAACAAGCAGCAAGAAGGACAGCAAGAAGUCUCAACUGAAACUCCAGCCGCCGAGACCCUGCCUGUUGCUCCACCGAAAACAGAAGCCAUUCUUACUCCUCUCCAACAAGCUAUGCGACAGAAGCUGAUCUCAUCCCGUUUCCGCCAUCUGAACGAGACGCUGUACACGACACCCUCUGCCAAGGCCUUUGAGCUUUUCAGCGCGAACCCGGAAUUGUUCGACGAGUAUCACGCAGGCUUCUCUCGCCAGGUCAAGGAGUCUUGGCCUUCCAACCCUGUCGAUGGCUACAUCAGGGCCUUCCGCGGUAGAGGGGCAGUCCGUGGCCCUCCCAAGAAAGGAAAGCCCGAUAACAAGCGGAAUUCCGCUCUCGCCCUUCCUCGUCGGCCCAACGGACUGUGCACCAUUGCUGAUCUUGGCUGUGGUGACGCCCAACUCGCCCGUGCCCUGUUGCCUUCCGCCCAGAAGCUGAACCUCAAGCUUCUCAGCUACGAUCUCCAUGCCCCCGAGGGCUCUCCGAUCACCAAGGCAGACAUCUCCAACCUCCCGUUGGCAGACGGCUCUGUUGACGUGACUGUCUUCUGUCUCAGUCUGAUGGGCACCAACUGGGUCUCCUUUGUGGAGGAAGCAUGGCGGGUCCUGCGCAGUGACGGCAAGGGCGAGUGCUGGGUCAGUGAAGUCAAGAGUCGCUUUGGCAAGGUGCACCGCAAGAAGGCACAGAUCGGAGCAAAGAAGCCUCUCAGCAAGUCAGAGAAGAAGAAGCUCAAGAAGAAGGCUGGUGAUGAUGAAGGCUCAGACGUGGAUGAUGCAGAUAUCUAUGCUGAAGACGCUCGUCCGGCCGACAAUGACGACGAGACGGAUAUCUCUGCUUUCGUGGAGGUGUUCCGCACACGAGGCUUCCUUCUGAAGCCCGAGUCAGUUGACAAGUCUAAUAAGAUGUUCGUGAAGAUGGAGUUUGUCAAGGCGGGUGGUGCUCCUACGAAGGGUAAAUAUGCCUCGACGGCAGGCGCGGGUGCUGGUCCUGGAAAGAAGAGGUUCAUUGACAGAUCUGCUCUUGCUGACAAGGGGAUGACCGCAGAGGAAGAGGCUGCUGUUCUCAAGCCUUGUGUCUACAAGAUCCGGUAG